AUGCCCGCACCCACCCGCCGCAUCGCGCAGAUUGUCCACCUCAAACCCGCCGCCGUCGCAGCGUACAAAGAAUGCCACGCUAACGUCUGGCCCGAGGUGCUGCGGCAGAUCCACGAGUGUAAUAUCCGGGAUUAUUCCAUCUUCUUCGACAACGAGCGGACGUUGUUCGCGACGUUCAAGUAUAUCGGGGAGGAUUAUGAGGGGGAUAUGGAGCGGAUGCGGGCGAAUCCCAAGGUGCGCGAGUGGUGGGCGAUGACGGAUGGGAUGCAGGAGAGUCCAAUCACUGGGGCUGUAGGUAGUGCUGAGGGUCCGGGUUGGUGGAAGGUGUUGGAUGAGGUGUUCUAUACGGAGUAGAUUAG